AUGUCACAGGAAUUGGCAGUGGAGAGCUGGGGCUACACACAGAUCAGCAUCCAGAAAUACUCCUACAAGUGGACCAUCAGCAAUUUCCGUUUUUACUUGGAGCGAAUGCAUGGGGCAAACAUUAAAAGUCCCACUUUCUCAUCAGGUCCAAAUGACUCACUUGAAUGGUGUAUGAAAAUACACCUGAACGGGGUCGAUGAAGAAAGCAAAGGUUACUUGUCAGUUUCCUUAGGGCUGCUCAGCUGCCCAAAGAACCCAGUAUGGGCAAAGUUCCAGCUAUGGAUCAUCAAUGCAGAAGGAGAGAAAUCCCAAACAAUAAAGAGCCCAACAUUCUUCAGGUUUCUGCAAAACCACCACUGGGCAUACAAAAAGUUUAUCCCUCGAGAUUUCCUCUUGACCCUGGAGCCUUGGCUUCUCCCAGACUACAAACUCACCCUGCUGUGCAAGAUGAAUGUGGUCUCUGGAGAGAGCACGAACCCAGGGAUCCAGGUUCCAAGGUGCACAAUGGCAGACGAGCUAGGAGAGCUGUGGGAGAAUCCCAUCUUCACAGACUGCUGCCUGGUGGUAGCUGGCCAGGAAUUCCGGGCUCACAAGGCCAUCUUAGCAGCUCGCUCUCCAGUUUUCAGAGCCAUGUUUGAACAUGGCAUGGAGGAGAGCAGAAAAAUACGCAUUGAGAUCCAUGAUCUGGAGCUGCAAGUCUUCAAGGCAAUGAUGGGAUUCAUUUAUACCGGGGAGGCACCAGACCUCCACAGCAUGGCAGAUGAUGUGCUGGCAGCUGCUGACAAGUAUGGCCUGGUGCGCUUGAAGGUCAUGUGUGAGGAUGCCCUCUGCAAGGACCUCUCCGUGGAGACUGCUGCCCGAACUCUCAUCCUGGCUGACCUCCACAAUGCAGAGCAGCUGAAAACCCAGGCACUGGAUUUCAUUACACAUCAUGCUUCUGAGGUCUCUGAAACUACAACCUGGAAGACAAUGGUGGGCUCAUAUCCCCACUUGUUGGCUGAGGCAUACAGCUCCCUGGCUUCUGCUCACUGCUCUUUACUGGAGACCCCUCCCAAACGCCUCAAGCAAUCUUAGGAGCCUCUCAGCUGUGACCUACAUGUCUAUUCCAAAAAUGUCAGCCAACAUUAUUACAAGGACAUCUGGGUAGACUGCAGGACAUUGCAGACUUUUCAGAGAAUCUGUGGAAAGGCUGCAUGGGGGCUCAGACAGUUAAUACUAAUUCCCUAGAAUCAAGCUGAAUAUAUGUUUUGGGUAGGGAGAGUAACUGGCAUCAAAAAUGGGGGGGAUCCUCACCAGUGCACAUACCUCCCUUACCUGAGUAAGGGAAAAUAUGGUUGAACGAUAUUUUCAUUUUAUCAUGGCGAGCAUUCCACAGUGGUUUGUCCCGUGGGGUUGUGAGGAAUAACAAAAGAAUGGACAAUGUGAUGUUCCCUGCAAAAGACAGCAACUCAAAGUUCUUUCACUUUUUUGAUUAACCUUAUCCCCAGGUAUUUUAUGCUAUUUAUGUCUAUUGUAAUGUGUGAUAUUUCUCUGAUUUCUUUCUCAGCCAUUUUAUCGUCUGUACAUAGUUGGGCUAGUGAUUUUUUGAGUUGAUCUUAUAU